AAAAAAUGCUGCAUUGUGUGUGUCUGAGUGGCUGUGGGUAUUGGUAAGUGUGUUUGUGGUCCUGUGUGUUUGUGUGUUAGGAGCAACUGCCACAGCAGCAACAGCCCGGUAAAGUUACAAAUCGUUUUGCAUGUGUUUACCUUUCACUGAGGACAUUUUUUAAAGUUGCAAGACCACCAUGUGAAGUGCCCCACUAGGGGACCGUCCAGGCCCAGCGAUAGGUGGUUGUGGGGGGGGGGGGGGGGGUGAAUGGCUGUAGCUCCACAGCUCCAUGCCCUCCCUCCAGAACCUCACAGUAGGGCAGAGUGGGACAAUGGGUUGCUGGGCUCUGCCACUGGUUUCUUUCCUCCUGCUUCUCUGCACGUCUGUGGGACAGGUCCCACACCGUCGCAGGCACUGGCCAGGCACGAGAAAUAUACCACACCUGGACUUACCGGAAUUAUUCUUACCAAACCUGAACUUAUUGGACUUCCAUGGAAACCCAAAGGAUCGGAUCAGUAAUGAGCCAUGGUUCAUUGUUGUGGCUCCAGACCUGCUGAGGGCCGACAGCCCGGAGAACAUCUACUUGGAAGCCGGCGGCCUGCGCGGUCAGCCAACAGUCUCCAUCUCCAUCAGGGACUACACCAGGUCCAUUGUGCUCUACGAUGACACGUUCAUAAUGGACUCUGAGCAAGGAGGCCACACCCUCAGAAGCAUCCAGCUUCCCUCGGACCUUCUGGAGCCAGAGGAUCUCAGGAACCGGUAUGUGUACCUUGGGGUGAACUUCCACGGGUACCAUCUGUUGGAGAAAGUGAUUAUGGUGUCCUUCCAGCAGGGGUACAUCUUCGUCCAGACUGACAAGCCCAUCUACAACCCUGGGGACACCGUGCGGAUGAGGGCCUAUGUAUCUUCUUCGUCCUUCAAGGCAUCUAACAGCACUUUGAUGGUGGAGUUUCAGAAUCCAGAAGGCGUUGUGGUGAAGCAGACAAUGUUGUUCAGGCCUGCGGACGGCGUUCUCCCAGAGUCCUUCAUUCUCUCUGACCACGCCAAUGAAGGUGUGUGGGCAGUGAUUACCAAGUUUGACGCCCGUCCGCAGAACACCUUCAGAGCCCAGUUUCAAGUGAAGAAAUACGUUCUGCCUGCUUUCAACGUGACGCUGGUGCCCAGCAGCCCCUACCUCGGCCUGGACCACACCCGGCUGGAGGUGGCUGUCUCAGCCAGGUACCUGUAUGGAGAGCCGGUCCAGGGGACAGCCUACGUGGUGUUUGGACUGGUGAUUAAUAAUGAGAUGAAGAGGCUCCCGUCGGUGAAACAGGUUUCUGACCUGGAUGGGGGCUUGGCGACGCUGACGAUGGAGGAAAUCAGAAGGGCGUACCCUGACCUCCGCUCGCUGGUGGGCAGCUCCGUGUACGUGAAGGCCUCUGUCCUCACAGCUUCAGGAAGUGACUUGGUCGAAGCUUCGAAGACCAACAUCAGGAUUGUGGAUUCUCCAUAUAUUCUGACCUUCAGCCAUUUGCCCCAAUACUUCAAACCUGGCAUGCCCUUUGAUUUCACAAUCCAGCUCAACUACCAGGACGGAUCUCCGGCCAGCGAUGUCCUGAUGAAAGUGGAUCUGGUGGACAGUGUGCUAUCCACUAGCGCCGCGGGCUCCUUAAGAGUCAACAUCAAUAUGCCCAGAACAUCGGGACCUCAGACCAUCACAGUUGAGACGGCGGAGCCGGGUCAGAGGUCAGGGCAGCAGGCCCGACAGCAGACCACGGUGCUGCCCUACCAGCCCUUCAGCAGGAGCCAGCAGAACUUCCUGUACAUUGCGGCCACCAACAGCAUGACGGCGGGGAACACGCUGAGGCUGCUCCUCGUCAUCAGCCCGGCCGACAGCAUGCACCUGCAGCUGAUAAAGCACCUCACCUACCUGGUGAUCAGUAAGGGUAAGAUCCUGCAGGCCAGGCGUCUGAGUGUGGAGGGCCAGGUGCAUCUGGCCGUGACACUCAGGGUCACCCAGGACAUGAGGCCCUCCUUCAGGGUGGUGGCCUACUACACCCUGCCCUGGCUACGCCACAUGGAGGUGGUCUCUGACUCCAUCUGGGUGGACCUGGACGACGGCUGUGUGGGAGGGCUGCAUGUGGGACCUGAGGAUGGGCGCCACCGAGACCUCCUCCCCGGUAAGACCUUCAGAUUCAAGGUCAGAGGUGACCCGGGGGCCAAGGUCAAUUUAGUCGCCGUCGACAAUGCGGUGUUCCUGCUAAGCAAGGAGAGACUCACACAGAGUAAGAUGUGGAGUGCGGUGGAGAAAGGAGACAUGGGCUGUACCCGAGGUGGAGGGAAGGACGGAAUGGGGGUCUUCAAAGAUGCUGGGCUGCUCUUCUCCUCCAGCUUAAGAGCCAAUACCAGCCCCCGACAGGGGCUAGGGUGUCCUGCUAGUGCCAGAAAGAGGCGCUCUGCUGAGCUGUGGAAACGCAAGGCCCAGCUGGAGGCGCAGUACCGGGAGGAGCUCCAGCGGCGGUGCUGCCAGGCCGGCCUGCGGGACGUGGCCAUGCCGUACUCGUGCACGCGGCGCUCGCUGUACAUCACCGAGGGCUGGGAAUGCAUACGCGCCUUCCGCGACUGCUGCGCCCACCUGCGCGGCCAGUCGUUCGACACCAGCCGGCCCACCAACCCGCCGCCUCUGACCACCACCCCGCCGCCUCUGACCACCACCACCCCACCUCCGACCACCACCCCCCUACGGUUCCCCUUUGGCCAACCAUUAUUGAGGGAAGUUCAUCACACGGUAGAAGAUGUACUACAUGCACUCAGACGACCACCUAGUCACAGUGUACUACCUGGUCACAGUGGACACUCUGAACCGCAAGUAUUUCAACGUCCUGGGUCGGGGACAAUGAGGACGGUGGUAGACGAUGAUGAGGAGGAAGGAGAGUACAUGGCGGAGUACGACGUGUACCUGCGCUCCAAGUUCUACGAGUCAUGGCUGUGGCGGGACGUCCGCCUCCCGGACACGCCGGACGGAAGGGACGGGCUGGCCUCCAUCACCAUGACGACCGCCCUCCCAGACAGCAUCACAGAGUGGAGCGUCAUGGCCAUCAGCGCAUCCCACGAUACAGGCUUCUGUGUGGCCAAGCCUUACAACGUGAAAGCCUGGAAGAAGUUCUUUGUGGACUUGAAGCUGCCUUACUCUGUGGCCCGCCAUGAGCAGAUCCAGAUCAAAGCAGUGCUCCGUAACUAUGGACAACAGAGAUUACACGUGAGGGUGGUCUUGAUGGUGACAGAGGGCAUAUGCAGCGUUGCCUUCAGUGAGCAACACACACAGGAAGUGGAUCUGCCGGCAGGCGGGACAGUGGUGGUGCCCUACACGCUAGUGCCCCUGGUGGUGGGAAAGCUUCCUGUGCAGGUGAUGGUGUUGGGACGGGACUUGAUGGGCGGAGACCGCGUUGAGAAGAUACUUCGGGUGGUGCUGGAGGGAGUGCAGAAGACACUUGUCCGCAGUUUUGUGUUGGACCCUUCUGCUCAUGGAGGAACCCAGAACAUCCAUCCGGGCAAGGUGGAGCUGGAGUCCGUGGUUCCCAACUCCCUUCCUCUGACCUUGAUUAACAUCAGAGGCAGCGUGCUUGCCGACAGCAUUGAUAACUCCAUCAGCGACGACUCCCUGGCCUCCCUGAUCCGCAUGCCUGGGGGCUGUGUGGAGCAGAACCUGGCCGGCAUCACCCUGCCCCUCAUCGCCACCCUCUACCUGGACUCCACCCACGGCUGGGAGAGCGUGGGCGUGCAGCGCAGGGUGGAGGCAAUCGGCUACAUUACCAAAGGCUAUGAGAAACAGCUGGCUUAUCGUAAAAGUGACGGCUCUUACCCCCCCUACAGGAAGGAAGGCACUAGUACAUGGAUCACAGCGUUUGUAGUGAAGGUGUUCUCCAUGGCCUACUCCCUGGUGAGGGUGGAGCAGCAGCAGGUGUGUGGAGCACUGCUCUACCUGCUCAAUGAAAAGCAGGAGCAUGACGGAGGUUUCAGGGAGGAUAACCCGGUUUACACCACCACCAUGACGGGUGGUCUCCGAGGCAGCGAGGCCAAGACCACACUGACAGCCUUCGUGGUCAUCGCCCUCGCCCAGGCGAGGAAGGCCAAGAUCAGCUGCGGCGGGAUCUCUGAGACCGCCACCCACAACGCAGCUAACUACCUGAAGAGGGAGCUGUCCAGGCCUCUGAAGAGGCCCUACACAGUGGCCAUCUCCGCCUACGCCCUGACGCUGCUGGGGCAAGACCCGAGCUACAACCCCAUCACUCCCCUCCUCAACGCUGUUUCAGAGGGGAGCUAUUGGGCUGACAGUGAGAGUCCUCUCUUCUCGCUGGAGGCCACCGGCUACGGCCUGCUUGCCCUGCUUGAGGGCGGCCACUUGGAUGAGGCCGUCAUGCCCUUCAACUGGCUCAACAGCAAGCGACGGAGGGGCGGGGGCUACGGGUCCACACAGCCCACCAUGGUGGUUCUGCAGGCCCUCUCAGAGUACCUCCUCAAACGGGCCGCUGACCGGGACGUCAGCCUGCAGGUGGACCUCAAGGUCCCUGGCCGGACAGACCUGCGCUACCACUUUGAACCCCAAACCUCCUAUGUGGCGCGCUCUUCCAGGGCACCCCUGGACCAGGAAUUUGAGGUGGAGGCGCAGGGGAAUGGACAGGGAAUCCUGGAGUUGGUGACGUUCUACAACCAACUCCAUGAAGUGGAGGAGAAGAGCCUGUGUCCGCACUUUGAGCUGGAGGUGGCUACAGAAGAAUCCAGCGAGACGCCUCCUGCGGAUGUCAUAAAGUCUUACCAGAUCACCAUCCGCGUAAGGGCCCUGGCACCCAGAGACGUCAGAAUGGUGGUUCUGGACAUCAGCCUUCCCACAGGCUUCACCCCAGACAACUCUGACCUGGAGAUGCUCAGCAACUCGGUGGACCGCUACAUCAAUAACUUCCAGGUGGUGGACAACCUGAGCGAUAGAGGCUCUCUCAUCAUCCACCUCUUCAAGGUCUCCCACAGGGAGCCAGAGAUCCUCAUAUUCAGGCUUCAGCAGAACUUCAAGGUGGGCCUCCUCCAGCCCUCCUCUGUGACAGUCUACGAGUACUACAACCCAGCAGACCACCGGUGCAGCCGGACGUACAGCCCCCCAGAGGACAAGGAAGCCCUCGGUCAGAUCUGCAGGAACGAUGUCUGCCGUUGCACACAGGGUGACUGCUGUGUUUCAAAGAGUGACAGUGAAACCAUUCCUGUCAACAAUCGGACGAGGCAGGCCUGCGAGAGUUUGCACUAUGUGUAUAAGGUGAAGGUACUGAGUGUCAACCAGAGCUACUAUGAUAGAUAUGAGAUGGAGAUCACACAGGUUAUCAAACUUGGCCUGGAGCCUGACGUGGCAGAUGGCGUGAGCAGACUGUUUAUGUCGCAUGGAGGCUGCAGAGACCACCUGCACUUGCAGCAGGGCUCCCACUACUUCAUCAUGGGCCCCAAGGCGGACCUGUGGCACACUGACACCGGCUUCGUCUACAUGCUGGGCAAGAAGACGUGGGUGGAACGCUGGCCGUCCGAGGCAGAGUGCACCAGCGACGCAGCCCUGCAGGCCAAGUGUACCGUCCUGGAGGCGGCUGCCAGGGAUCUGUCCAUCAAUGGGUGCCGGCAGUAGUGCAGGCCCUGCGCAUGGCUGGCAGCAGACCCAUGUUGAAUCAUGUGCAUGCUACAUGCUGACAUUGGUUGUAACAAUGUGUUUUGAAUCGGUUAUCAUUGGUCAAAAGGUUUUUUAGUUACUCAUAAAUACAUAAGACUACAUGUGUAUAUUAUAUAUAUAUGUAGAUUUGUUUUUUGUCAUGAAAGUAAUAAAGAUCUCCCCAGGCUUGUAA